AACUGUCUCUUCGAAUCCGAACGAUCCAAAGAAAUAUUUUUGAAUUCGAAUUACUAUUACAUUUGCCUUUUAUUAUAAUAAAUCAUGGAGCCAGAUGCUGGCAUUAUAUUAUCAGCUUUCAAGUAUCUAACGAAGGACGACGAACAAAUUUGCAGGUUAUGUCUGAGCCCUACGCCUCAGUACGCAAAAUAUAUUCAGGAUUCCGUGCUUUUGAAAAAGCCAUACUAUGAAGACACCGUUACAUAUGCUGAGAUGUUCGAAGAACUUGGUGUCAGUGAAGAGCCGCUACUGCCGCAAACCUUGUGUGAUACCUGCGCCCGGGCCGUUACGAACGGUUAUUUAUUUAAAAAACUUCACGAACAUUCCAAAGAACAGUGGGACACAGUGCUAUCAAGCCUUAACAAAACGUUGAUGCAAGCUGAAACAGUCAGUCCCUCGGUAAAGACUGCAUACAUAGUGCUUAGCGACACAGGUAACUACCUAGUCACAAGACGGAAGACACACUCACCGGAUAACGAAACUGCCGCACUGAAAUUAAACAAAAUAAUCAAGAGCAGAACUCGAUAUGUGCAUCGCAAAAAAACUUGUCUUAUUUGUGAGGAAUGCGGCAUGAAAUUUAAAACGAGAGUCCUUUUAGUUCGUCACAUGAAGUCACACAAAGCUAAGCCUUUAAAUUGCCCUCAAUGCUUCAAAGCGUUCUUAACUCAAUUGCAAUUAACGGAACAUGCAGAAAGAGUGCACUAUCCAAAGAAAAUUAAAUGUACCAAGUGUAAGAAAAUGUUCAGUACGCAGAGAACUUUAAAAGCUCAUGAUCGGCAAGAGCAUGUUGCUGUUUUAUGUAAGUUAUGCUUCGUACAGUUCCCGUCUAGGUCCUCAUUGAAAGUACACUUGGACAAACAUGAUGUUAUUAAAUGCCCGCGCUGUAGCAAGAGUUUCAUCAACAAACAAACGUUCCGAAGCCAUGUAAAGCAGUGUGGGAACGCUGAAGCCAAAGUGAUAAGCUUCUUUUGUGACAUUUGCAAUAAAGGCUAUAUUCGUAAAAAUGCUCUGCGCUCACAUCUAAAGAUAGACCACGGAUUUGGUAAAGUGCUUUCGUGCAGUUGGUGCGCAAAGAAAUUUGAUGCUGCUAGCAGAUUACGUAAUCACAUAGUGAAGCACACAAGGGAACGUAACUUUAGUUGCGAGCACUGCAACGGGAAGUUCGUUACUCAAGCCGCUUUAGUCUAUCACACUCGCUUGCACACAGGCGAGCGGCCAUUUAAGUGUGACUUAUGCGAGGAAAGCUUCCUCUCGGCUUCUAGAAGGAUGGAGCAUAAGCGGAGAAAGCAUUUUGGGCCUCAAAUGGAAUGUCCCAUAUGCCACGUCAAGUUUGUACUUGGUAGUCAGCUGAAGAAGCAUGUAGCCCGACAUUCGGAUCCUCAGAGCAAGCUGUAUGUGCCAACGUUAGAUGGUAAACAGGAGAGAAAAUAUGUAGUACGUAAUGUACUUACACGAGUGAAUUAGAAGAUUAUGUAGUGUGCCUAUGAAUUUAAUUAGUUAUUAUUUAACAAAAUAAACUU